UAAAGAAAACAAACACUUGCCGUCAACACUAGGUUAUUAAUAGUUUAAGCUAAAGUUAAUGUUAACAAAAGAUAAAAUACGCUUAGUAAAGCUAAUAGUGAGCUGGGUAGAUUGUGUUAUGUAAGGUUUCCUAAGAGCUAUAUCUAUUAAUAUCAAUACAUGAUUAAUUUUACCUAGAUAGAUAUUAAACUAGUCCUUUUAUUUACAUUUAAAAUGAUGAUGUGAUAUAAUGUGAAAAGGGGCUUCAAGGAAAACCUGGUCAUACUAAUGAAAUGCAGCUCCACGGUCUACGUUGCCGAUCGAACAAAAGUUCUUUCUCGACGGCCCGUCUGCCUAUAAAUUGAUGAGGCUUUAUCAGGAGCUGCUCUGCUCUGAUCUGAUCAACCAUAACCACCAUCCAUGGCUUCCUCCUCCCUUCUUCUUCUCUCUAACCAAUUGCUGCAUCCAUCGGCCACCCUCCACGACCAUCUCCACCAUGGGUUCCAACCUAGAGAGGUUCGUCUCCCCAGAAGCUCGUCCCGGAACUACUCCUGAAGCCUGACUCAAAAUCGAUGGGCUUCGUUAGACAAGUUCAGGCGGUCAAUACAGCCGAACGGCUACCCAAAUUGGAAAGGCAGGAAUCGAGAGAAGAAGACCAAGAGGAGGAAGAGCAAGAUGGAGGAAGAAUGGGAGAUUUAAAGGGAAAAGAGAAAGCGGAGCUGCGGCUUCUGGAGAGGUGGCGGGAGAUGCACGGCAGCCACGACUGGGAGGGGCUGCUGGACCCUUUGGACCCUCUUCUCCGGAAGGAGCUCAUCCGGUAUGGCGAGAUGGCGCAAGCCUGCUACGAUGGGUUCGACUUCGAUCAGUUCUCUAAGUACUGCGGCAGCUGCAAGUACAACCGGCGCUACUUUUUCGACGGCGUCGGGCUGCCGGAAUCCGGGUACGACGUCACCCGCUACCUCUAUGCGGUCUCCAACGUCAACCUCCCCAACUUCUUCAAGAAAUCGGUGUGGCCCGAGAUCUGGAGCUCCCGCGCCAACUGGAUUGGCUACGUUGCCGCGUCCAAAGACUCCUCCCACCUGGGGCGACGCGAUGUCGCGGUGGCCUGGCGGGGCACCGUCACCCGCCUCGAGUGGGUGGCCGACCUCAUGGACUUCCUCAAGCCCGUCCGCUUACCAGGCCACUCGAACCAAAACCCGGCGAUCAAAGUGGAGUCCGGGUUCUUGGACCUUUACACCGACAAGGACCCUGCUUGCCGGUUCUGCCUGUUCUCAGCCAGGGAGCAGAUUCUGACGGAGAUCAAGCGGGUGGUGGAGCAGUACAGUGGGUCUGGUGAGGACAUGAGCAUCAGCAUCACCGGACACAGCCUGGGCAGCGCGCUUGCGCUCUUAUCGGCUUACGACAUUGCCGAGAUGGGGCUGAACGUCCUCCCGGACGGCCGGACCAUACCCAUUACGGUCUUCUCCUUCUCGGGACCAAGGGUAGGGAACCGCAAGUUCAAGGAAAGGUGCGAGGAGCUUGGUAUCAAGGUCCUGCGAGUGGUCAAUGUUCAUGACACGGUGCCUAAGGUGCCCGGUCUAUUCCUGAACGAAAGGCUGCCGGCGAUGCUUCAAGGCCUGGCCGAUGCGCUGCCUUGGGGGUAUACCCAUGUGGGUACCGAGCUCAAACUCGACCAUACCAUGUCACCUUUCUUGAAGGAGACCGGGGACCCGUCAUGCUUCCAUAACCUAGAAGCCCACCUGCACCUGCUGGACGGGUACCAUGGCACGGGAAGGAGGUUCGUGCUGUCGAGUGGGCGAGACCCGGCGCUGGUGAACAAGGCGUGCGACUUCCUCAAGGAGCAUCACCUGGUGCCGCCGUUCUGGCGGCAGGACGAGAACAAGGGGAUGGUGAGGAACGGAGAUGGGAGGUGGGUGCAGCCGGAGAGGUCCAGGAUCGAUGACCUCCCACCUGAUACUCAUGACCACCUGAGGCAGAUCAGAUUGCAUCCUUCAAGCUCAAACGAGACAGUAGCGAGAGAGAGAAGGUAGUGGACCGCGGCGUUAAGGACUGGUGGUUGGAAAUUGUUGUUAUGUGAAUGUACCAACUAUGCAAUUGUUUAGUUAGCUCUCAGUAAAUACAACUGUUUGUCUUGUUA